AUGGUUGCCAGUGGCUGUGAGCUCAUUGGCUUGUGCCUGGGCAUCGUGGGUCUGAUAGGCAGCUCGACAGUGACCGGCCUCCCCAUGUGGAAGGUGACGGCGUUCAUCCAGGAGAACAUCAUCGUGAUGGAGACGCGCUGGGAGGGUCUGUGGAUGAACUGCUACCGCCAAGCUAACAUCCGCAUGCAGUGUAAAGUCUACGACUCGCUGUUAUACCUGCCCGCCGAGCUCCAGGCCGCCCGGGGCCUCAUGUGCUGCUCGGUGGCGCUGAGCUUUCUGGCUUUGGUGGCGUCCAUCCCGGGAUUGCGUAGCACCUCGUGUCUGAGCGAUCAACCGCGAGUCAAAUCCCUUAUCAUGGUGGUCGCUGGAUCGAUGCAGAUCAUGUCUGCCCUCUGUGUCAUUAUUCCCGUCUCCUGGACGGCUCAUUCCGUUAUUCAGGACUUUUAUAACCCGCUGUUACUCGACGCCCAGCGGAGGGAACUCGGCGAGGCGCUCUACAUCGGCUGGGUCACUGGAUUUCUGCUCUUCUGCUCGGGCGUGGUCUUCCUCUCGUGCCGGGACUACAAAUCAAAUCGACACUACCAGCCUGUAUACGCUGCCAACAGCUUAACCAUGCCACACCAUCCCAGCUCAUUUCACUCCAUUUCCCAUCAGCCUCUUCUGCUCAAUCGUAAUAUUCCCCCUCAGCAGCUUUCUUCUCUGGCCUACAAUCCUACUGUGGUGCCCCCUGCUGGACAGCCUGCUCUCUACACUGUUCCUGUAGUUUAUCCUGCUAACAUGAUGCCUGUUCAGUACCACCUACCCGAGACACUCUCAACACCAGGAACUUCCAUCCACUCCAUAAACUCUGGACCCCCCAGCAUCCACCCCAGCAUUCACCCUGCACCCCCCAUCCCAGCACACCAGGGGAACUCCAAACACCCCACCCAGCUCUCAUCAGUGAUGGAUGGGUACAACAGAAUGGGAUCAGAGGCACACAGCUCCAUUUCACAUUCAACUACAGGAGUGUACAUAUAA